ACACAACAAAUCAUUUACUUGCCCAAGAUGCGCGGUGGCGGUUUUGUGCAGAUUUUUAAGGAUUUUUCCAAUUGGUCUACUGUAGCAGUUGUACCACACGUGGCAAAUGCAAAUAAUAAGAUUUCUCGUAUUUUCUGGAUUGCCAUAUUUUUAUUUGUUCUGGGAAUGUUCGCAUAUGAACUUUACAUUUUAAUCGCAAAGUUCUUUUCGUAUCCUGCCACUGUCAACACAGAAAUUCUUUUCGAGAAACAGAUAUUUCCCGUCGUUACCGUGUGCAACAUGAAUCCUUACAAAUACAGUGUUGUAAAAUCGAACAGUGCAUUUUCAAGUGUUAAUACUCUGAUGACAACAUAUUCUGAUGCUACUGUUGGAACAUUUUCAACUGAUAAAUGGGGUCUCUAUGCUGAUAACGAUGAAACCUACGAUUUGGAUUCUCGAGCAGCAGAUGCUCUUGUAUUGGAAGCAAAUUUGAUAAGUGAUACGGCAAAAGUUCCUGCUUUAUACACUUACGCGGAUUUGAUUCAAGAUUGUAGUUUUGCGGGUAUUCCUUGCUCGGAAUCAGAUUUCACAAAGUUCAUUGAUCCAGUGUAUGGAGCAUGCUACUCAUUUAACGAAGAUGCGUCACUCAAUUAUUCUGUUAGUAGAGAAGGUAUUCAAUUUGGAUUAAAAUUGAUGCUUACGGUCACGCAAACAAAAACAAAUGGGAAUACCGAUUCGUUGCCAACAACUAAACUAGCGGGUGCCCGGAUUGGAGUAAACUCACGUGGGAGUAGUCCAGGACUAGAUUCAAAUGGAAUCGAUGCAGGAGUUGGAUAUGAAAGUGCUGUUUCUGUUAGCUUGACUCAAAACGUUCGAGCAAAGAAACCAUAUGGAACAUGUGUGGAUCGAGAACCGGAUAGCUCGGAUUAUUACAAGGAUUUCAUUUACACACUGGAGACAUGUUUCAAUGGAUGCAAACAAAGAGACACUAUUGCAAAAUGCCAAUGCGCAAAUCCGAGAUUAGCUCUCGGAUCCACAGAUACAGCAUGUCAGCCAAUAAAAGCAGAUUUGGACUGCCUCCAAACAUUGAAAGGAAAUCAAACAAGUUCCACUCCGAAUAUUGAUUUAUUAGUUGAAUGCAAUUGUAAUCCUCCCUGUGAUGAAUCAACCUACACACCAACAGUAUCUCUUGCUCAAUUUCCAUCCACUAGUUAUUACGUCGCAACUUCGUCUACUGCUGGGGUUGGAAGCUGCUCUUCAACAAACUCGAAGUUUUCAAGCAAAUCAGAUUGUCAGAAAUGGUACAACAAUAAUGGAAUGAUUAUACAAGUGUUUUUGGAAACGCUCAGCUACGAGCUAUACACUGAAACUGCAGGAUAUACGGUUAGCAACGUUAUUAAUGACUUGGGAGGACAAGCCGGUUUGUGGCUUGGACUAUCCGUUAUUUCUGUUGUUGAGAUGACAGGUUUAAUGUUAGUCAUGGGUGCGUUCUGUGUAACUGGUGGAGCUAUCAAAAUGGCUCCAGACGAUGAUGAAAUUGAAAAUGAUCACAGAAUCAAGGACGUGGAAGAUGUGAAAAAGGAAAUCGAUCAUUUGGAGAAAAAACACGGAGAAAUGGAGAGCGGCAGCGAUGGGGAAGUUGACGAUAUCGAGAAUAAAGGAGAUGAGGAGAAAAAGAAGAAAUAAAUUAGCAUUUGGUUGUCAAGAAUAUGUUCAUUUGAACUAUACUACAAUAAGUCUACACUUGUUGAGAAUAUAAAAGACUGAUGACAGAAAUGAAUACAUUUGAUACAGUUUGA